CAAGACAAGAUGGCCACACCAAAGAUGGACUACCUUCGGUCUCCUCUGGAUAAUAUCUACAAGGUGGUCCCACAGGGCGACGAAUCAGCACUGAAGCAAGCAUUUUACAACGCAGGUGCCACUCUAUUCGUGAUUCUCGUCUGCAGCGCGGCAGUCUCAGUUUAUUUCGUUCUGGAAAUAUUCCUUCGCCCCCUGAUGUGGGCUUUGCUGUGUGGAACUGUACUACACCCAGUUAAAAACAGCCUUACGUCUUGCUUAAGAGGGUGGUUGAAAGGACUCACGGAAUCAGGGACUCCUUUUGUCAUAGGGGUGGUGGUUUUACCCCUGAAUGUAAUUGACAAUGCAUCGCAGACAAUCGCAGGAGCUAUAAAACGGCACAUCAAGGCCAUAGUUAUCAUCGGCAUUGGUUUCCCGGUGACUUAUUUAUUGUACCAUUUUGGGCCUUUAGUAAAGAUUUUCAAUUUACUGAAGGCUAUUUUCUGGCUUGCAUAUCAGGCACUGGGUCUUUUUAGCUCAUUCUGGGUCUGGACAUUUGUGAUAGCUUAUUUCCUAGCUGUAGUGUUCUACUGGAACAAGCAGUCCAGUUCUGUGCUCCGCUAUCUCUCUGUACCUAUAUGGAUCGCGAUACUGUUCCACCUGGCCACCAAUGCUGGCGCCCUGAGGAUCCCCAUAGUGGUCAUGGUGGUCACCGCCAUGAGUGUGGGACUCGGGGCAGAAAUCAAGGAGGCAAAGCUUAAGAAGAGAAAAAAUGGUGAAGAGCAAGACUUGCCUGAUGUUUCUCCAACUGAGAAAUUAAAAGAAGCCUUGUGGCGAGUUAUCUCCGGAAGAAACAGAAUGGAGUCUAGGACAAAUUCCUCUAUCGCCUCCUUUGAUACCAGCCAGUCUGACUCAUUGCAGGAGAGCCAUCAUUCUGACGAGGAAAAUGCCAAUGUUCAGCCAAACAGACCUCCGGGAGCCGAGGUUGGUUUGCCAAUGGAAGAAGCCCGAAAACCAAAGACCUUGAACUUGAACACUGAUGGCCAAGGUCAGUCAAAAGGUCAAAGUCAGACUGAAGGUCAAGGACCAGACUCCUCACAAUCAAAGCCAAAGAAGGCACCAGCCAGGAAGAAGCGCUCAUUGAGUGACCACUGUUUUAUCUGGCUAUUGUGGGCUCUGGGGCUGGUUCAUAUUUGGAGGCAUUUCUGGCUGGUCCAGCUGUUACCUGUCCUACUGGCUGUUUGGAUUAUUAAGACGCUUGUCAAAAUUGCACUCAGCAAUGACGGAUUCAAGGAAAAAUUAACAGAAGUUCAAAGCAAGACCACUGCAUGGGUGGAUGACCGCAAAGACGCACUGGUCCCUGUACCCAUACAAGGUCUGACCAAACUGGCCAUCAGAGGAGACCGCAAGAUUACCUCAGGGCUGGAGUCGUCCAUGGAUGCCAUCAUGAGUACUAUGGUUAUCCUUGGUGUGCUCAUAGGCACUGUGCUGUUUACUAUUUUUAUGGCCGUACAGGUUCAUCAGGAAAGUAUGCAUCUUGUCAAAGUAACCAGUGAUGUCCUCAACAACUCCCUCCAUCCUGAGUUCAAACAUUGGCUUCCAGAGAGUGAACAAGUACAGAUGGCAAUGGACUCCAUGGUUGGCAAUGCCUAUGUGUAUGGAAGGCAGUGGAUAUCCACACAGGUAAAUUAUAUAGCUGGGGAGAAUGCCAAUAAGACCCAUGUGGAGGCCCAGGCUCUGGCUCUAUAUGACAGACUGUAUGAGUCCUGGUUUUCUACCAAGAACACCACAGCAGUGAGGAAGACAGGCACCUUAACAAGGAGUCCUUCAUUUUCUGACCUGUCCAUGACAAACCUCACCAGUGCGUGGUCUGUCAUGAAAAACACAGAUUUCUCUGGAGUUGUCAGCUUUGUGCAGGACAAUAUUGGAACUCUCAAAUCCGUGUUAGAAUCUCUGUGGAUCUUCAUCAAGGGGAACAUGAAUCUUGCCCUGAGUGUCCUGUGGACCACCAUCUCACUGCUGUUUGGGGGAGGAACAGCUCUGCUUAACUUUGUGCUGUCUGCUGUGGUAUUCUUGACCACGUUGUUCUACCUGCUGUCGUCCAGCGGGGAGCACUACAAGCCAAUAGACUGGCUGGUCAGUAUAAGUCCAACAGCCUCGGACAGCACCAGUAAACUGGGGGAGGCUGUAGAGGAGGGAAUUAGUGGUGUAUUCAAGGCUUCCAUGAAGAUGGCAACAUUCUAUGGGCUGUAUACUUGGCUUACUCAUACUGUGUUUGGGAUAAAUAUCGUCUUUAUUCCAUCAGCCCUGGCCGCCAUAUUUGGUGCUAUACCUUUCCUGGGUACAUACUGGGCAGCCCUGCCUGCAGUCAUAGAGCUGUGGCUGGUCCAGGGAGAGCUCAUCAUGGCCGUCACGCUCUUCGUCUGUCAGCUGUUACCCACCAUGUUUGUAGAUACUGCCAUAUAUAGUGAUAUUAAAGGUGGAGGUCACCCCUAUCUGACGGGUCUAGCCAUAGCAGGAGGGAUGUAUUGUUUUGGUCUGGAGGGUGCUAUCAUAGGCCCUAUCCUGCUCUGCUGUCUGGUAGUGGCAGUUAAUGUCUACAGCACCAUGCUCAAACAGCCAGCGCCAGGCGGCGUACAGGGAAAUAGACGCCACUCCACAGCUUCCUUGGGCAGGGUGCCACUUAACAAGAAAUUAACUAGGAACUUUUCAAGAGCUUUAAGUGAGGAUGGUUGGUGACAGUCAUAUGGCAGUUUGUCCAGGAUUUUCCAUUGACCUCUGACCCAGCGAUGACCCAGUUAAGCUGUGUCACCUGACCCAGUGGUUCCCCAGUUGGCCUACCAUUUGUACUACUUUACAGGGACUAUUCACCAUCUUAUUUCAUACGUUAUCCCAAAUAUAGAAUACAGGCGAUUACAACUGAAGUUAGGAAGUUAGUAAGGAAGUAUGUUGGUUAGGAAGCCUUCGGUUUUUGUUAUGACAAUAAUCAAAUUAUGUUAAAGUUGAACUCAAAAUUAUAUACAAUUUUUGUCAAAAAAAUGAGAGAGAGAGAGAGAGAGAGAGAGAGGGUUGGUUAAAUGUUCUAGUCAAAUCUCCUGAACAGAGAUUCUGGUGGAAUUAUCCUCACAAAUUGUACUGGUGCUGGCAGCAUAUUUUUUAUCAUUUCCUUAUGUGUAUCUCAUGUUUAUACAUUUUUCAAUUCCAUAUCUUAAGUCUGAUUUUGUUUUUAGUGUAUGUAUUAUUUGUGUAAUUUACAGGUUGUCCUAGGAGGGAUUCUUGUGAAUUUUAGUAUAAAAUUUACCAGAUGUAAGUUUUGGAGUUUAAAUAACAUCUUUGAUAUGCUAGAUUAACAAGUAUGUUUCUUAACAUAAUGGUUAUUAAUUUAUUUAUUAAAUAUUUUAUAUUGGUAAAAAGGCCUAUGUUUUGUUGGCAUGUUUUCCACACUGUAUUGUUUGUAAAUCCUGUGUGCUUGUUUCUUGAAUGCCACAUGCAUAACAUAACAUGCAUAACAUGUGGCAUUCAAGAAACAAGUUCAGGGUGGAUGUCUGGGAUAAUCUUUGAGGAUGCAUAUUUCCCUUUUGUAUAUUUUCUUCACAUCUUUUAACUUUCUGUGCCAUAUUUUGCAGUUGAAGGGAAGAUGGACCCCUAUUUUGGUCAUUAACAGUUCAACAAAUAAUGUCAUCUCUGAAGUUUUUUCCAAUAAUGUUGUAGUUUAACAAGGAGUUAUCUACUACUCUCAGUCUGAUUGCUGAAACUCCAGUUUAGGGACAAAUCCUUUUAUGCUUUCAUUUAUCAUGGUAACUUUCAUGUACUAUUUUGUGCACUAUUAAAUGGAAUUACAUAUUCUGGCUUUGUAUCCACAAUGUGGCAAUCUACGUCGUCUUGUUGACAAUUGUAGCCAUUUGAUAUAGGUUCAGAAAAAUUCGUAGUAUAAAAAAAAAGACUUAAAUUACAAUUAUAGUUUUUUGUAUGUUUUUAACAUUUUCUGCAAUUUCUGUUAGUGCUACGCAUAUAUGUGCAGUAAAUAAACAUUUUAUUUGUAAACCACUAUUUAUGCACCAAAAGUUAUAGCAAUUACUAGGAACUAUCCUGUAUUAUAACCUGCAUAUUCUACACUUACAGGAUAUUUUCCAGUAUUCUCUUGAACUGUGUACUAUCUGAGCAGCUUACAGCACAUUGGAAUUGAUAAUACUCUAAAUGGAUUGUUAAAUAUAAAUGUAUUUGUUUUCUUGUGGGAAUAAAUUAUAAAUUUCAGGAA